AUUUCGAUAAAUGUACUCAGGGUAAUUUGGCCAGGAAACUUUUACAAAGAGAAUAUAUGGGCAAUCGGGGUUAUUAUCAAAAUACAAAACCCUUGUUUACUACCGUGCCAAAAAGACUAAGAUUUUGCUUUAGAAACUUAGUUCCAGCAGGCUUCUUGCAGGGCCACAUGUUUAUGGGUCUAUCAGCCUGUGGACAAUUCCUCUUAAGCUACAAGGUAACUUCAAGUGAGAGUGCACCUAACGCUAGCCACUAUUCUUUCAAUAUUGGUUACAAAUACACAUUAUUUUUUUGGAUUUUUCAACCGCACAAACCUCUACGAAUCUUCUAUCAGUGUUGCCUUUUUGAUGAUCACGGUGUGGAUAAUAUAAAGGAAGUCAGCAUGAUUCAAUGGAAGAACACUGAUCCUCGUAUAUUAAUAGUGCAUGGUGCUUCCGAGGAAGAAAACGAAGACUCUUAUAUAUCAUAUAUUAAAGUUCCUAAAUUGGGCUGUUUAGAGUGUAGAAAACAAAGAGACUCUGAGGAGGAGGAAGGAUUUUUCCGCCGAAAUGUCCUCUGCAUUAAAUGUAAUCUAACCGUACACACAAAGUAUACACCUAACGAAUCGAACUGUAAAUUCGAUCCAUAUAUGCAUCUUAUUUGCCCAGAACGUAUACUAAUUAUUGCCAAUGGAUUCUUCCAUAUGCUUCACAUUCGUUUGGAGCAACCACCAAAAGAACAACAGGCCGCUGUAGUCAAUAUACAAAAUCAGCAGCAACAACAAAAUAUGAUAACUGUGUUAAUGAUGAAACCAACAUGUGCCGGCUCAUCGACACCAACACAUCUCGGCGAGUUGAGUCCACAACAACAGUUGGAGAAACGCAAUACUCCUGUCAUAUUCACACCCAAUGCCGAGGCGGAUAAUUUCAGUGUAGAUAGUCAAACGACAAUUAGCUCUCAGAAUAAUGUUGUAAAUCGGAUAAUAGAGGAUUUUCCUGAUAUAGAGACUGAUUCAACACAUUCUGGAAGUGGUAUUGCCAUAACAACAACACCACAACAGUUGACGUCAAUGAGUUUAAAAUCGCCAACCUCAACGUUAACCUAUCCAGAAUCUCCAAUAUCUCAUGUGACAUUGAGCCAAAAGACUGGCGAAGAAAUCGUUCUUUCCUGUAGUCCGAACGUAUCUAGUCGUGUCAAUGCCAUUUCUUCUGCAAUGACAAAUACAACACCACCCACACAAAACACAUCAUCAUCGCCGUCAGCUGUAACGUCGGGUAGUACAAUGAAAACUAACACUUCACCUCCAUUUCAGAACAGUCCUAGGCGUAGACAUCGCAUUGUGUCAAAAUCAUUCCGCAAAGGUGUCUCCAUGUUCUUUUCAUCGACUGGCAUAACAACCACCCACACCAUUUCGCCCAAUUCAUCUACAAGUGGCACUUCAAGUGCCAAUAAUUCGACGAGCAAUGAUCGUGCAUCAACCUAUGAAUUUUGUGAGGAAAAUGAAAAGUGUGAAAAAAUAUCCAUACUACGAAAACGACGUUUGGCAGAAAGGAAAUAUGAAUUCUCCGAGGAUAAUUCGGAGAACAUUAUACCCUAUACAAAGUCUAGAACAUCAGCUUCGAAUACAUUUAGUUCCUUAAUGAGCAACACAAGCACAGGCAGUCAUUCACCACGACACACUCGAACACAUCUACAUAGCAAUCACUCGCCAUAUGCCUCGCCAUCUUCAUCACCACAUCCUCAUAGCUCAAAUGUGAGUAGCUAUGGUCAUUAUGUGCCGCCUUCAGCAUUGUCUCCUUUACGCCACAGCUGUACAUCGCCACUGGGCUUUCGAUCUCCCCCUUCGACAUCGGGUCUUAUAACACCGACAUACAGUGGUGCUGGUGGUAACGGUAGCAAUAUUAGCGGUGGAGGUGGUUCGUCCGUUAUGCGCUCGCCGAGUCGCCACUUGGUGAGCAAUAAUUAUUACAAUCACAAAUCACCCCCGCAUUAUAGUCUCUCAACUGCAACUCAACACAUGUUGAGUUAUAAGCCCCAUGGUACGCUGCUGCCACUGCAGUUGUCGGUUGCAAAACGUUCGCAUUUAGACCGAGGUGGUUCAAUAUCACCAAACUAUCAACAUCCAUUUUUGUCGCCACGUCGCGAUGAAAUACGAUCCUUUGAAGUUCCACUGCAAGGUGGUGCGGCCGAAAAGCCUGUAUGUACGAAGAGAUUUCAACGACGUUAUGUUGAAGAGGAUGAUGCUGCAUCGGUUAUAACAAGUGAAGAAGAUGAUUGCAUUUCUCCAGGCUACCAUACGCUGUUACCAGUCGAGGUACAUGGUUCGUGCUAUUCUGAAAUGCAAAUGAUAUCGAAGGCUUCAUUUCAACAUUUGCGCUGUACAAGUGUGGUCAUAGAACAGCAUUCAUUUGAUAUGGAAACAUUCACGUACUAUGUCAUAAGUACAUUGUGUCAGAAAAAUCAGAAAAUCUAUGACUUCUUUUACGAUUGGGCAUAUGAAUUGAUAAAUGUUUGUCCCCUGUCGCAGACGCUAUUUUGCCUACUAAUGGCACAUUUUUCAGCUCGCGAAGAAGUAACAUCCUGCCUGAAUUGCUCACGAAAAUUAAAUUGCGCCUUUCAUCGUCGUCAAUAUGAAUGUCGGGUUCUCUUCACCUGGAAUAUGUCGACGGGUGACUGGGAAGUUCUUGAUUUUGGUGAAUUACACGAUCAUAAGUUGCAAAAUAUUUUCCUACGCAAAGGUGUUAAACGCAAUCCUGUUUCUUUGGCACAGCGGGCCAAAAAAUUGGCUCGCGAAAUGGCACAGACACUAAAUAAACUACCCGAUUACACAAGUAAUUUACGUGUAUUGGAUUCGAAUAUUAAAAAAUCUAAAAAGACUAUAACUGAUAUUGAUAAUAUGAUAGAAUUUUAUUUAAAACGACCCCGUUCCAUGAACUGAA